AUGGGUUUGGACACUGUUGGGUCUUCUAGAGGCCCAAGGAUAGAGGACCUGGAGAAGACGUGUACUGAAUUAGAUGGUCCGAAGCUCAAGGGAGGGCUUCAGGGGCAGCUGGAGAAGUGUUUCAGUGCUCAGGACAUGCUAAAGCCGUAUCAGCAGAAGGCUGAGCCUGUGUUUUACUCCUUUGAUUUCAGGUCCCGGCCUGUGAUUAAUAUUCAGAAAACGGUCACCGUGACACCAAGCACGAUUGACCUCCGCCAGAAAACAUUCUGUGGGGCGCCCAGCGGGAUAUGCCUCAAGGUGAAGGCCUGUUUUGAAUACACUGCCAAACCCACAGGUUACAAUCCUUCGAUAACCAUUUUGGGCACACUCGAGGCUGAAAAGGAGAGAAGGAAAUCUGGGCUGUCAUCAAGAGUUCUCUUUCGAAACCAAGGCUCUGAGCCCAAGUAUACGCAAGAGCUAAGUCUGACCAGGCAGAAGCAGAAGGAGUGCAUAGAGGAGACCCUCUGGCUCCAGGAAAAUAUCCGAGAUAAACUGCGUCCCAUUCCCGUAACUGCUUCCGUAGAGAUCCAAGAGCCAAACACGCGGAGGAGAGUGAACUCACUUCCAGAGAUUCUUCCCAUUCUGAAUUCAAACGAACCCAAGACAGUUCAGAGAGAUGUGCACUUCUUAAAAGAGGGAUGUGGAGACGACAAUGUAUGUAACAGCAACCUUAAACUAGAAUAUAAAUUUUGUACCCGAGAAGGAAAUCAAGACAAGUUUUCUUACUUACCAGUUCGGAAAGGUGUACCAGAACUAGUUCUGAAAGACCAGAAGGACAUUGCUUUAGAAAUAACAGUGACCAACGGCCCUUCCGAUCCAAGGGCGCCCGCGAAAGACGGAGAUGAUGCUCACGAGGCCAAGCUCGUGGCAGCUUUUCCCGACACUCUCACUUACUCGGCGUACCGAGAACUGCGGGCCUUCCCCGAGAAGCAGCUGAGUUGUGUUGCCAAUCAGAACGGCUCGCAAGCGGACUGUGAGCUUGGAAAUCCUUUCAAAAGAAAUUCCAGUGUGACUUUUUAUUUGAUUUUAAGUACAACUGAGGUCACCUUUGACACCACAGAUCUGGAUAUUAAUAUGAAGUUGGAAACAACAAGCAAUCAAGAUAAUUUGGCUUCAAUUACAGCUACAGCGAAAGUGGUUAUUGAACUGCUUUUAUCGGUCUCUGGAGUUGCUAAACCUUCCCAGGUGUAUUUUGGAGGUACAGUUGUUGGUGAGCAAGCUAUGAAAUCUGAAGAUGAGGUGGGAAGUUUAAUAGAGUAUGAGUUCAGGGUAAUUAACUUGGGUAAACCUCUUAAAAACCUUGGCACAGCAACCUUGAAUAUCCAGUGGCCAAAAGAAAUUAGCAACGGCAAAUGGUUGCUUUAUUUGGUGAAAGUAGAAUCCAAAGGAUUGGAAAACAUAGCUUGUGAGCCACGAAGUGAAAUAAACUUCCUGAACCUAAAGGAGUCUCACAGCUCAAGAAGGAAACGGGAAAUUGCUGAAAAACAGAUAGAUGAGAGCGGAAAAUUUUCUUUAUUUGCUGAAAGAAAAUAUCAGACUCUUAACUGCAGCAUGAACGUGAACUGCGUGAACAUAAGCUGCCCGCUGCGAGGGCUGGACAGCAAGGCCUCUGUCGUUCUGCGCUCGAGGUUAUGGAACAGCACGUUUCUAGAGGAAUAUUCCAAAAUGAACUACUUGGACAUUCUCACGCGGGCUUCCAUUGAUGUAGCCGCCGCAGCCGAGAACAUCAAGCUGCCAAACGCAGGCACUCAGAUUCGUGUGACUGUGUUUCCCUCAAAGACCAUAGCUCAGUAUUCAGGAGUACCUUGGUGGAUCAUCUUAGUGGCUAUACUCGCUGGGAUUUUGAUGCUUGCUCUCUUAGUGUUUUUACUAUGGAAGUGCGGAUUCUUUAAACGCUCUAGGUACGACGAUAGCGUUCCCCGCUACCAUGCUGUGAGGAUCCGGAAGGAAGAGCGGGAGAUCAAAGAUGAAAAAUACAUCGAUAACCUUGAAAAAAAACAGUGGAUCACAAGGUGGAAUGAAAAUGAAAGCUACUCCUAAAAGGGGCCCAGAAAAGCUUCACAGCACCCAAACUGCUUUUCCCCCACUAACUCAGAAGUCUAAGUGGACUUACAAGCCUGCUCCAUACCUGAAUAUUACUUUCAGACAGACUACGCACGGUCCGAACUUACAGCUUUCACCGUGGAUGCUGUCGUGUAGCCUGAGGCUCCCUGGGCUUGCACAGCCGCAUUUAAGACUGUUGGAGUGGAGUCUGCUUUAACUGCCUUCAUUUAACUUUCCGGGUUGCCUUUGUUUUUGGUGUGGCUGCUUGGCAUGUGCCAGGGCCGGCCGUCCUCAGUGGCUCAGCCUCUGCACCCCUUCUUCCCCUAGGCCCCGGGCCGUCGGGGUGGCUGCAUUUCAGUGCCGAGUGCUCUCUGAAGUGAAAUGUGCAAUAGGUGAUGUGGCCAUCCUGCCGUCUUUUCCCAGAUGUGUGAAUCCUCCUCACACCACACAACAUCCUGGUCUCACCCUUCCUGUUCACUAAAACACACGGCUGCAACAGACUUGAAUGCUAGGUAUACUUACUUGUAUAUGGUAUUUAUUUUUUUCUUUUUUACAAACCAUUUUGUUAUUGACAGGCCAAAGAUUCUACAGUUUACCCUUCCAGUUGGAUUAAACAAUCAGAAUGUGGUUUGAAUUUAGUGCACACACACAAAAAAAUCCUUUAUAAGUUAUUACAUCUCCCUUCAUGACAGCCCUCACCCCGUUUCUCCAGACCCAGACUGUUUCAGAAAUAGGAUUUAACUGUAAGAUGUUUAAUUCUUAUCAGACAGUGCAUAUUUUUGAGUUUAGAGCCCUGUGUGAGAUCUGCAUAUUUUGUGCUGUAACUUUCAGGAUCUCUCAGAAAUGAGGGGUUGGUUUGUUGAACUUUGGCACAGUGUAGGCCCUGCUGCAAAUACUGAAAGGGCUGGUGCCUACGGUGGGUCCAAAUGGAUCCAGCGUGAGACUACUGAGUAUCUGAUACCAGAAGUCAGAACAUCAUGGCUUUUACGUUUUUAAAUGUUACUGGAAUCAUUUAAUCAGUGAGUCAGUGUUCUGGUUUUUGCUUUGUUUCCUCCUACGCUAUAUUCCCCAAAAUUACUUUGGGACUGCGCUACCAUUUUAAAUGUAAAAAUUAAGUGGCAGAGGAGGAAAACAUUUCUACACAUUCAAGAGACAUUGAAUAGAUAGGAAAUCUGAAUUUUUAAAAAUUUACUUCAAAAUGUUAUAUGGGGCAUAACAGCAAACAGGUGCUAAUUUGUUUGGAUCUUUUCAGGACAAAAUACAACUGUAUGUGCCAUUGUUGCUUCGGAGCUUGGUUUGUUUUCUUUUCAGAAAUCGUAUGCCCUUAAGAUACUAAGGACAUUAUUCUCAUUGUACCUUGGAAUUUUCAUUCACUAAGAUAGUUUUACAAACGAUACUUUGUUUACAAAAAUUUCUCUAAAACAGGUCAUACCAGUGUUGACAUCUCCGUGUCUUGCUUAGGUAGGUAACUUGUAACCGAAUGCACAGGCUUUAUGGGUUGCCAAGCAGCUGAUAUUUUGAAAGUGUGUAUAGACCUUUGUUGUAAAAAAAAAAGAGUCCUAAAAGGGAGGGAGGAGGUGGAGGUCUGGUUCAACAACAAAGAAUGUAAUGGUGUUUGUUAAAAACGUCAUCUCAAGUCAAGUCACUGGUCUGUUUGCAUUUGAUACAUUUUAAUACUAACUAGCACUGUAAAAUUAUGAUUAGAAAAUACCUGUGGAUAUUUGUAUAAAAGUGUGAAAUAAAUUUUUUAUGCAAGUGUUCUUUGCUUAGUAACACAACAUAUGUGAAACAAACUCUAAAAUUAUAAAAAACCUGAAUUGCUUUUUUUAUUUUAUGGAGCCAAACUCAAGUUUGUGAUAUUUUCUGUGAUUGAGGGUUUUUUUUUUUUCCCUUUGGGCUCUAUUGCACAGUUGAUGUCAAAAGAAAAUGAUCUUAAAGAUGGUUUUAUUCAAGAUACCUACAAACUGGGAGAUGUCAUUUAGCAAUGAUACCAUGGCGUGAAGAGUAACAGUUCUUAUGGCAAAGUUGCUUUCUUCUGAGAAGAUAUUUUAGAUGUGAGCGCAGUUCGGCUGUGACAUUAUAUUGAUCGCCAAAGACUGAUUUGGCAGAACUGACUGGCCUGAAAAUAUUUUCUUCACCAAAGGAUUUUGUUUAGAUUUAAGCAAUUUUAUGAGCUUUCUCUAGCUGGAUUAUCACAAUCUAAUAACUGAAAAUAAGGCAUGUAUAUAGAGCUCACAUAAUAUAGCAUGCCCUAUCUUGAAUAAAUUUCCAAUGCAAAAUGUC